AUGAUCUUGAAGAAUCUUGCCUAUCUUAAAGAACCCGGCACUCGCCCCAGCCAACCUUUUCUUCGAUACCCAAACGUCAAAGAUAAAUUAUAACAAAGCAUCAGCAUAUAAGGAAUACUUCAUCCAUAUAAUGCAAAUUAUGAAGAACUGCGUAUCUCAGCGUUCCACGAUCCGCCGUACUUUUUCAUCACACAUCACGAAAACGGCAGCCACACCUACGACGGCUACCUUUACCAGCUGUGGCAGAUGCUGGCCUGCAUGGUGGACUUACGCUACAGGAUCAUCCCGCUGACAGGCGGCGGCUACGGACGUCUCUCCGGCAACCGCACGUGGACCGGUGUGACCGGCGAGCUGACGUACGGUCGAGCCGACCUGGCCCUCAGCUGGCUCGGCAUGACCUCCAACCGGACGGCGGUGAUCGACUUUCUGGACGUGAUCCCCGUGAGCUGGUACCAGGACGACUUCUAUGUGCGCAGCGGGCCGGUGACGGCACCCGAGCUGCGCGCCAAGACGUUCGCGUCGCUGCUGCGGCCGCUGCACGAGGACGUCUGGUGGAUGCUGCUCGGUUCUCUGCUGGUUAUCUCUGUGCUGCUGCACGUCACGGUGCGGGUCGGUCGUGGCCUCUCCGAGAGCGAGCUCGUCGCCGGUCAGAUGUCGUGGGGCUCGUGUCUGCUGAACACGCUGCGCUCGGUGGUCGGCCAGGGCUGGGACACCAUGCCCGACUCGCUGGCGGCACGCACCGUCACCCUCUCCAGCUGGAUCCUGGGCAUGUUGCUGUACGCCAGCUACACGGCCAAGCUGAUGUGCCACCUGACCGUGCCGACCCCGAGCCGGCCCCUCCACAGCCUGCACGAGUUCGCCGCCGAGAGAGACUGGAUAAUCGCCAUGGAGCCGGGAGUGAGCAUCCUCGACGGUUGGAAGGUGAGCGACAAGCCACACGAACGGGAGAUGUUUCAACGCGUCGAGAAUGGAGACAGGUACAUCGAACUCUACCCGACUCACGAUAACAAGUCUGGCUUCAACAUCGACAGAGUUCUCUUCCACGCCGACUUCAGGAGGCUGCGGUACGCGAUCGGUCAGGAGAGCUGCAAGCUGAUCCGUCUGCUGGACACACCGCCAAACCCACCGAUCCGCGCCUACAUGCCGAUCGCCAAGGGCCGCCCGGCGCUGCGUGACAAACUUAACAGGGCCAUGCUGGAGCUGGCUGAGACCGGCCUGGUGGACCGGAUUCGCAACAGGUGGAUGACUCAGCUGCAGCGAGACUGCGACGCGCCUACGGCCAACUACCGGCCGCUGUCGCUGACCAACCUGCUGGCCAUGCUGCUGAUCGUGCCGCUGGCAGUGGUGGCCAGCGUGAUGCUGUUGGCGCUGGAGCAGCUGUACGGCAGAACGGGAAACUGGCGCCGUCAACAGCUCGUCAGACUGCGGGAGCGGGUGUCAGCCCAGUGCGACCGGUACCUGACUCGCCGUCUGAAGGAUGAAACGCAGCUGGACGGUUCCCGGUCGAACGACGUAGGAACAGAGAAGAGCUUGCACCCAUACCAUUCCAUCAGCUUAAACGGUGAGAAAGCCUUUGGAAACGGCGGCGCCAAGAAAACAAUUAUGAAGAGCUUGGCUUGA